AUGCCGCCCGCGCGGCUGCCCCGGAGCAGCCGUCCUGUCCUCCUUCUCCUUCUCACGGAUGCUGAACGUCCCCUGGCUUCUCCGAACACCGCAGCCGGAGGUACUCCCAUCUGCACACCCACAGGUCUGUACGGGCUCCGUGCACGCUCUCAGGGCUUCUUGUUCGCUCCGGGCCAGCUUUCAAUACUGCAAGAGAAGAUAGACCAUUUAGAACGUUUGCUGGCAGAAAAUAAUGAGAUUAUUUCAAACAUACGAGAUUCUGUGAUUAAUCUGAGUGAAUCAGUAAAGGAUGGUCAAAGAAAUCCUGAGGCUAUAAACUUCAGUCAGGGAUCCCUGUCUGACCUUCUUCCUUCUGCUUCAGUUUUGCAUGCAGUUGAUUCUGAGGAUUGUUUGUUUGCUUCAAAAAGUAGAAGUCAAGUUUCUGGAGUACAGAUGUUGGAUGUCUAUGACAUUCUUCCUUUCGAUAAUCCAGAUGGUGGUGUUUGGAAACAAGGAUUUGAUAUCACAUACAAUGAAAACGAAUGGGACAGUGAACCACUUCAAGUUUUUGUUGUACCUCACUCACAUAAUGACCCAGGUUGGCUGAAGACUUUUGAGGACUACUUCAGAGAUCAGACACAACAUAUCUUAAAUAACAUGGUUAUAAAACUACAAGAAGACAAUCGAAGAAAAUUUAUGUGGUCUGAGAUUUCUUAUUUUUCAAAAUGGUGGGAUGGAAUAGAUAGCCAAAAAAAGGAUGCUGUUAAAAGGCUAAUAAGAGAUGGGCAAUUUGAAAUAGUAACAGGAGGAUGGGUUAUGCCUGAUGAAGCCUCUGCCCACUACUUUGCUAUAAUUGACCAGCUAAUAGAAGGACAUCAGUGGCUAGAAAGGAACUUGGGAGUAAAACCGAAGUCUGGCUGGGCUGUUGAUCCUUUUGGGCAUUCCCCGACAAUGGCCUACCUUUUGAAACGCACAGGAUUUUCCAAUAUGCUUAUACAGAGAGUUCACUACUCAGUUAAAAAACAUUUUGCAACUCAGAGAACACUAGAAUUUUUUUGGCGACAGAACUGGGAUUUGGGAUCCAGUACAGAUAUCCUUUGUCAUAUGAUGCCUUUCUAUAGCUAUGAUGUUCCUCAUACAUGUGGUCCAGAUCCAAAAAUCUGUUGCCAGUUUGAUUUUAAACGUCUUCCUGGAGGAAGAGUGAGUUGUCCAUGGAGAGUUCCACCAGAGGCCAUUCAUGCUGGGAAUAUUCAACACAGGGCUUGGAUGAUUUUAGAUCAAUACAGAAAGAAGUCAAAGCUUUUUCGUACUAAAGUUCUAUUGGCGCCACUAGGGGAUGAUUUCCGCUAUGCUGAGAGCUCAGAAUGGGAUCAACAGUACCAAAAUUAUCAGAAGCUGUUUGAUUAUAUGAAUUCUCAUCCUGAGUUGCAUGUCAAGGCUCAGUUUGGAACUCUAUCAGACUACUUCGAAGCUUUGCGCAAAGAAAGCAAUUUGGGUGAAAAGAGCAGCAAUUCAUUUUUUCCUGUUUUAAGUGGAGACUUUUUCACAUAUGCAGACAGAGAUAAUCAUUACUGGAGUGGAUACUUCACGUCACGACCAUUUUAUAAGCGCCUAGAUAGGGUUCUGGAAUCCUACCUGAGGUCAGCUGAGAUCCUGUACUCCUUGGCUUUGGUACAGUCCAGUAAUUCUGACAAGAUGAGCACAUUUCCUUCAGUGGAUCACUAUAAGUUGCUGACAGAGGCUAGGAGGAACCUUGGACUCUUUCAGCAUCAUGAUGCCAUUACAGGAACAGCCAAAGAUUGGGUAGUUGUAGAUUAUGGCACAAGGCUUUUCCAUUCUCUAAUGAACUUGAAGAAAGUGAUAAUUGACUCUGCUCAUGUUCUUAUCCUAAAGGAUAAAGAUGCUUAUAAUUAUGAUGCUUCAACCCCAUUCCUUAAAGUGGAUGAUGUGCAGUCCUCGCAAGAUUCUCUGCCGCACAAGACAGUUAUAAAGCUGACUUCGCAGCCGAGGUACCUUCUGAUAUAUAAUCCUGUGGAACAAGAGCGAUUUUCAGUGGUUUCAGUCAACGUGAAUUCACCCAGAGUUACAUUAUUAUCUCCUUUGGGAAAACCUGUUGCUAUCCAAAUUAGUGCGGUUUGGGAUGGAGCAACUACAGUAUCACAUGAAGCAUAUCAGAUCUCUUUCUUGGCACAUCUACCACCUUUGGGGCUUGGAGCCUACCAGCUUUUGGAGGCUCAGAGUUCAGAAGCAGAUUUAGCUGAUUAUGCUAUAUAUACGAAUGGAAGGAAUAAUAUGCAGGUGAAGCCAGACAACAUUUUCAAGAUAAAAGAGAUGCAAAACUCUGCAGAUAAUAUAAUUUUAGAGAACUCCUAUAUGAAACUGUGGUUCUCUGGAAUGUCCGGACUACUGGAGAAAAUAAAUACAAAAGAAGAUGGUAAAAACCAUCAAAUGAAGGUGGAGUUUGCAUGGUAUGGAACUACAAGUAACCGGGAUAAGAGCGGUGCUUAUCUCUUCUUGCCUGAUGGAGAUGCCAAGCCCUAUAUUUUUACAGACCCACCUACUGUAAGAGUCACUCAUGGAAGGAUUUUCUCAGAAGUUGUGUGUUUUUUCCCUCAUGUGACUCAUACCAUGCGACUCUAUAAAAUCCAGGGUUUGGAAGGACAGUCUCUUGAGGUUUCCAAUAUUGUGGAUAUUAGAGGAGAAUAUAAUCGUGAGCUUGCAAUGAGAAUUUCAUCUGACAUAAACAGUCAAAAUAGAUUCUAUACUGAUCUCAAUGGAUAUCAGAUUCAACCCAGACUGACGAUGAGCAAAUUGCCCCUUCAAGCAAAUAUCUAUCCUAUGACUACAAUGGCUUAUAUCCAAGAUGUUGGCAUUCGUUUGACACUACAUUCAGCUCAGUCUCUAGGUGUUACAAGCUUGAAAAAUGGUCAGUUAGAAGUAAUCAUGGAUCGCCGACUUAUGCAGGAUGACAAUCGUGGCCUUGGACAAGGUGUCCAAGAUAACAAGAUUACAGCUAAUAUCUUCCGACUUCUGCUGGAAAGAAGACAUGGAACAGAUGUG